AUGGUCCUGGUUCAGAAAGUAAAGAAAGCUGCGUUUCGACUUUUCUCCUGCUCAUUUUGUCCACUUUAUUAUACAUCUCAAAUUUACCUCACCAAACACAUCCAGAGCUUCCACCACGAAGAGGAUUCGAGGCAGAAAUCAGGAGAGAGUCAGAUGCCCACGAAUAGCUCCAGUAAUCAGCAAACAUCUGUUGCUCUUAGUUUCAACACCUCUCAGAAAGAAACACAGAAGAAAAGCAACCUUUGCUCGGGUAGCAGCAACAGCUUUACUCGUCCGAACGCUGCGGAUCAGUGCGGUCAAGCCGGGGAGAUGAUGUAUCGCUGCUUACAGUGCGGCAAGAGUUUUAAUAAAAAGAGCAAUCUCCGAAAACACCAGCGCAUUCACACUGGUGAGAAACCGUAUCACUGCUCAGAAUGCGAAAAGAGUUUUAUACAAAAAAGUGAUCUCCGCCAACACCAGCGCAUUCAUACCGGAGAGAAGCCGUAUCACUGCACGCAGUGCGGGAAGAGCUUUACACAUCAGAGUCAUCUCCAGCUACACCAGCGCAUUCACACAGGAGAGAAACCGUAUCAUUGCUCAGAGUGUGGAAAGCGGUUUAAUCAAAAGAGUAAUCUUCAUGUCCAUCAGCGCAUUCACACGGGGGAGAAGCCGUACCACUGCUCAGAGUGUGGGAAGAGUUUUACUCUACAGAGUCAUCUUCACGUCCAUCAGCGCAUUCACACCGGAGAGAAGCCGUAUCACUGCUCAGAGUGCGGGAAGAGCUUUACUCAUCAGAGUCAUCUCCAACGACACCUGCGCACUCACACAGGAGAGAAGCCGUAUCGCUGCUCUCAGUGCGAGAAGAGCUUUAAUCAUCAGAGUCAUCUCCAACGACAUCAGCGCACACAUACAGGAGAGAAACCGUAUCACUGCUCACAGUGUGGGAAGAACUUCUCUCAGCAAAGCACUCUCCAGCUCCACCAGCGCAUUCACACAGGAGAGAAGCCGUAUCACUGCUCACAGUGUGGGAAGAGAGACAUUAAAGAAGAAGCUUAA